AUGACGGGCCGGGCAACCGCGGCAAGGCCUUGCCACGCUUCCGCAUCCGGUUCGCCACCACCACCUCUCGCGGACGGGGGCUCGUUCCGGGAUCUUACCUGUCACGGCCGGAUAAUCCUAGACAUGCGCGAGGGCAAUGAUCUAUUGGCACCUAUAGACGAAGAUUCCAUGGUGAGGAGGGAAGGAAGUGUUGUACAUGACGGAGGGGAACAUGCUCGCGCCCGUCCCCUCGACCUCCCUCUGCCCGCCGACGCCCGUCCUUCGCCGUCGCAGCCGGUGCGUCUCCAGGCCCGCGCCCGUCUCUUCGACCUUCAUCCGCCCGCAGCCGACCCUCCUUCACCAAUACCGCCACUUGGUCUCGUAGCCCGCACGUUUUUUUCUUCAACGUCCAUCUCUCAAACGCCGGUGCUCCCUCUCCCACGCCGACCUCUCUCCAUCGGAACCUUUGACCGGUCCGUCCGGCUCGACUCUCGCUUCCCGCCAGCCCUCUGUUUCCCAUCCUGGUUCGUCUCGCCACCAUGGCCGCCGGCCUUGCGUUUCUUUCCUAGGCCUGUUUCGCCAUCGAAACCUCCAACCUGUACUUUCCGCACCACGCCCGCCCUCUCCUCCACCCCAUCCCCAACCUCCAGCCCUCCCAUCCGGACGCCGUCUUGCCAGAGGUCUUUUUACCGCCAGACCAGGUUGCGUCCCAGCCCGCCCGCGCGUCUGCCCACCCGCCUCCCACUCGCCAUUUCUCCAAACAAACCUCCCGGCCGAAUCUUCCCCGGCAAACCCUCCGGCCCGCGCGCCACGCUUUGUGCGUCCGCCCCCGCCUUUCAGACGCUCCCUCGCGAGCAAACCGGUGCGCCUCCAAACCCGCGCAUCCCUUUCGCCAUCGGAACCUUUGCCCGCUGCGCCUUGCUGGACGCCGACUUUCCGUUGCCUAUUCGGAUCCUUCUCUCUCGAACCGUCACCGCGCCUCCAAGAUGUCUACCGUCGACUCACCCGGCAGCCAUUCGGGUCGUUCGAACCGCAACCCCGGUAUCCUUCCUCCCGCCGAGGCGCUCCCGGCAACGUCCGCCCGCGGCCCCCUCGACCAGGACCGAUGGCGAUAAGGACGACGACGCCGGAGACGACACCGGCAUGGAGCGUUCGUCGCCUUGCUUCCGCUGCCUUUACCGAGAGCUGAACUGCCGCGAUCAAACGCAACCGGGCCAGGACGCCUGCCAAUCCGCCAGGUCUGAAUCGGACAGGAACAUUACCAAGAAGCAUUACGACGCCGCCGUCGAUUUCCAGCGCUCGCUCCAGCGCCUGCAGGCCGUUGGGAUCGACCCUUCUUCAGGUGACGUCGUUGAAAUGCUGGGUGGCAGGUCGUCCGUUGCGGCAUCCUCGACCCCCGCUUCCAUCGCCGACCUUACGAGGCGGAUCAGUUCCCUCGAAAGCGCCACCCUUGCACUGCAGGUCCGGGCCGACGCCCAUCAUCUCCCGCCUUCCACCCCUCGCAGUCUGAAGCGCACCCGCGACCUCGACGAGGUCGAACAGCUGGGGGAGCCCACCAUCCAGUCCCCCACCCGCCGCAAGCUUGCCCCCACCAGCCUGCACAACCCGCUGGUGGUGCACGACACCGACUCCGAGUCCAAGGACGAGCGUCCCACGCCAAAGACCUCCGCAAGCAAGCGGUCUGUCAAGGGCGGUAACGGCCGUUAA